AUGAAGGCAAAUGGCCCUAUUGAGAAAGACAUGGCCAGAGAAAGGAAAGAAGAUGCAGAGCUGAGGAAACAAGAGGCCCACCAUCAUAACGCUACAGGUGGACGUGCUGGUGGUACUGGCUUCACCACAGGCGGAUACAACAGAGCUGAAACUGGUAUCUAUGGCGGAGGCGGCGUUCAUGACGUCAACUCUGGUGGUGGUGGUGGUACUGGCCUCACCACUGGUGGAGACACGAACAUAAGUGGGGAGCCUACCAACGCUGGGAGUAGAAGGAACACUAGGGGUACCCAGGAAGAUCGAUUCUACUGA